AUGACAAUCCUGUUCAAGCGUCCCAGUGAACCGCAGCAGCAGCAGCAGCUGGCUGUUGUUCUCUUCUUCUUCUAUGGGGUUUUAAGUUUUCCUCUGGGCCAGGACACACAACAAACUUCUACCUGCGGAUACGAGUCAUGUCAUGCCACCAAGCCAGACAUGCUGAACGUCCACCUGGUCCCUCACACACACGAUGAUGUCGGCUGGCUCAAGACUGUUGACCAGUACUACUAUGGAGAUCGUAAUGACAUCCAGCAUGCAGGAGUGCAGUACAUCCUGGACUCCGUGGUGGAUCAGCUCUUAAAGAACCCGGACCGGAGGUUUAUCUAUGUGGAGACAGCGUUCUUCUACCGCUGGUGGAAACAGCAGAGCGCCAGCAUGCAGCAGACCGUCAAGCAGCUUGUUAAUGAAGGCCGUCUGGAGUUUGUGAACGGGGGCUGGUGCAUGAGCGACGAGGCCACCACUCACUACAGCGCUGUCAUCGACCAGAUGACGAUGGGCCUGAGGUUCCUCAACGAGACUUUCGGUCCUUGUGGUCGCCCUCGCGUCGCCUGGCACAUAGACCCCUUUGGCCACGCUCGUGAACACGCCUCCAUGUUUGCACAGAUGGGGUAUGACGGCUUCUUCUUUGGUCGUCUGGACUACCAGGAUCGGCUUGACAGGAUGACCGCGAAGGAGCAGGAGCUGCUGUGGAGGGCCUCUGACAGCCUCACGCCCCCCAUGGCAGACCUCUUUACUGGGAUCCUUCCCAAUGGAUACAACCCCCCUGAAGGCUUCUGCUGGGAUCAGUCCUGUGAUGACCCACCAAUCAGAGACGACCCUGACCUGGAGGACUAUAAUGUCAAUGAUGUGGUGAAUCGCUUCCUCACCAUCGCUGGCAGUCAGUCUAAGGUGUAUAAGACCAAUCACAUUAUCAUGACCAUGGGAUCAGACUUCCAGUAUGAGAACGCCAACCUGUGGUACAAAAAUCUGGACAAGCUGAUCCACUACGUUAACGCCCAGCAGGCGAAUGGCAUCAAAGUCAAUGUGCUCUACUCUACCCCCUCCUGCUACCUGCAGGAGCUGCACAGAGCAAACCUCAGCUGGGCUUUGAAGACGGAUGAUUUUUUCCCAUAUGCCGACGAUGCUCAUGACUUCUGGACCGGCUACUUUACCAGCCGACCGGCACUCAAACGUUAUGAGAGGGUCAGCAACAGCAACCUGCAGACAUGUAACCAGCUGGAGGUACUUGGUGGUCCAGUCUCCAGGAAUGGGCCUUUUGGUAACGGAGACAGCCAGACCAUGAAGAAAGCCAUGGCUGUGGCUCAGCACCAUGAUGCUGUGUCAGGCACAGAGAAACAACACGUUGCCAACGACUACGCCAGGAGGCUCGCUACAGGCUGGCAGCAUUGUCAGGUGUUGGUCAGUAACAGUCUGGCUGCUCUGAGCGGCUCGUCUGCUGAGCGAGUCUACUGUGACAACCUCAACAUCAGUGUGUGUCCUCUCACUGAAUCCAGCAAAAAGUUCUCAGUUAAUGUGUACAACCCUCUCGCUCACCCCGUCACUUGGUCGGUCAGGCUGCCAGUCAAUGGAACAGCGUAUGCUGUAUUGGAUGCCAACGGCAAAGCUGUUGACUACCAGGUGGUUCAAGUGUCUGCAGCCACGCGGGCUGUGAGGAGAAACCGAGGCUUCGCCGUCAACGAGCUGCUGUUCCAGGUGCAGGCUCCUCCUCUGGGCUUCACCAUCUACUCUGUGUCGCUGCUUCAGGACGGGCCUCCAGCGGCCUCCACACAGCACCAACCGCCCACCACCAUCCAGAACAAGUUCCUGCAAGCCACCUUUGACCCUGAAACUGGCCUCUUGAGCGGCCUCAGCAACCUGGAGACCAAGCAGAGUAUUAAACUGACGCAGAAUUUCUACUGGUACAAUGCCAGUGACGGUAAUAACGCAGAGAGCAACCAGCCUUCAGGUGCCUACAUCUUCAGACCCAACUCCUCAACACCUUUCAUCAUCAGCAAGACGGCAAAGACUGACAGCAUUCAGACUCCUGUUGUUCAGGAAGUGAGGCAGUGGUUCUCUCCCUGGGUGUCUCAGGUGGUUCGUCUCUAUAGCGACAGCAGAGCUCUGGAGCUGGAGUGGACAGUCGGACCGCUGCCCAUUGAUGAUGACCUGGGGAAGGAGGUGAUCACUCGCCUCGACACCAGCAUCCAAACAGAUGAAUAUUUCUACACGGACUCCAAUGGCAGAGAGGUGCUGCAGAGAAAGAAAAAUUUCAGGCCGACUUGGAACCUGAAGCAGUCAGAGCCCAUCGCUGGAAACUAUUACCCCAUCAACUCACGUGCCUUUAUCAAGGAUGACAUGGAUCAACUCACCGUGGUGACCGAUCGCUCUCAAGGAGGAGGAAGCCUCCAGAACGGCUCUCUGGAGAUCAUGCUCCACCGCCGGCUAUUGUACGAUGAUGUCCGUGGCGUUGGAGAGCCUCUCAACGAAACCUCUCACAUCUUCCCUGACGGGCUGGUGGUCCGGGGUCGCCUCCUUCUCUCCCUCGACCGCCCGCCAAGCGCAGCUGACGCACACCGCCCCCUGGCCCAGGAGAUGGUACUGCAGCCGCUGCUGACGUUCACCGAUGGCGAUCUGCACCCGAACACUAAACUGGAGUUCUCAGGCCUGCAGGCUGCGCUGCCCCCUGCUGUCCACCUGCUAACACUCACUCAGUGGGACAAGGACUCGGUACUGCUGAGGCUUGAGCAUCAGUUCCAGAGCUGGGAGAGCAAAGUGAACUCUCAGCCUGUCACUGUCAACCUGCAGAAGCUGUUCUCCACUCUGGAGGUGUUGGGCGUGUCCGAACUCAAUCUCUCAGCCAAUCAGUGGAAAGACGAGAUGAACCGUUUUAAAUGGACACCACAGUCGGGUGAGAGGCCCCUGCUGAAGACGUUUCAAGACCCCUCCCCAUGGGAGGUGACCUUGAAGCCCAUGGAGAUCCGGACCUUCCUGCUCAGAGUCAGCCUCAAAUAGCCAACCACAUUCAUCCAUUGUUUUUUUUUUUUGAAGGAUGAUUUAGUGUCAGCAAUGCAAUCUAAAUUCUUG